ACCUCGUGAAUUAACCGUUUUCCUUAAUCUUUUAAUAACCGUCCUCGCCAGUGUAGUGUUUCCCGUCAUAAAAUACUGUUUAUAUUUCCAGGCAAAACAUGGUAUCGUACAUACGAGUAGUCAUUGUAGUGAGGUUCAACUGAGUGCACGUGAGAAUAUAAAAUGAAUAUAUCAAUAAUAUUUUUUGUGGCUUUCGCUUUGGUAACUGCUCAGUGUAACAAAGACCUUCGUGUUAUCGACAACAUAAUGCAAGAAUCUCCUUGUAGUUCGAAAGGUGGUAUUUGCACUAUUGCCGAAGAUUGUCCCCAAGGGAAACUAACUGAAGAAUUAGGAUUAUGUCCUAAACAAAGAAAUCAAGGGAUUGAAUGCUGUUAUGGGGUGUCCGUGAAAGAUACUCGAUGUUCUCGAAAUGGAGGCGUGUGUUUUCCGGCUACUGAAUUCUGUAAUGAAAAACUUAUUUAUAGAGAGGCAAGCGAUUGCGACUCUAGUCAUAAGUGUUGCAUAAUGGUUUAAGUUGGUUUGUUCGAAUUUUGUAAAUUAUUAUUAAUGCUUGAAAAGAUGCUAUACAUAUGUCAUUAAAGUGUAUUAAAAUAAAAGAGAGUUGAAUGCAGAAUAUCAAUAAC